AUGCUAGAUAUAAAGUUGGUCAUCCGUCAGAUAUCUAUGAUGAUUUUGAAACACCUGGCCCACAUUGUGGCAUAUUGUCCACCAUGCCCCGCAGAUCACUGCUUCCAGUUCCUAUGCCUAAAUUCAGAGAAGACCCAGGUCCUGUCUUUGAGAAGGAAGCUCUCUCUGGCAGUGAACAUUUGCAAGAUUGAUUAUUGUUCUUGUAAUCAAAAGUACACUCCCAGGAGGGCAGUGCUCUAUGUUCCUGGAAAUGAUGAAAAGAAAAUACAGAAAGUACCAUCACUGAAUGUAGACUGUGCAGUGUUAGACUGUGAAGAUGGUGUGGCUAUGAACAAAAAGGAGGAAGCAAGACUGAGAAUAGUGAAGACCCUGGAAGAGUUUGAUUUGGGCCCUACCGAAAAGUGUGUAAGGAUCAACGCAGUCUCUAGUGGUCUUGCUGAGAAAGACUUGGAGGCCUUGCUGCAAUCCCAGGUCCUCCCUUCCAGCUUGAUGCUGCCAAAGGUUGAAAAUCCUGAAGAAAUACGAUGGUUUUCAGACAAAUUUUUAUUCCACUUAAAAGGCCGAACACUUGUAGAACCAAUGAAUUUAAUCCCUUUUGUGGAAACUGCCAUGGGUUUGCUCAAUUUUAAGGCUGUCUGUGAAGAAACACUGAAGACUGGAUCUCGAGCUGGUCUUCAUCUAGAUGCAGUCGUUUUUGGAGGAGAGGAUUUCCGGGCUAGCAUAGGUGCAACAAGUAGUAAGGAAACUCAAGAUAUUCUCUAUGCCCGGCAAAAGAUUAUCGUUGUUGCAAAAGCCUUUGGUCUACAAGCCAUAGAUAUCGUAUACAUCGACUUUCGAGAUGAAGAUGGACUCCGCAGGCAAUCAAGAGAGGGAGCCAUCAUGGGCUUUACUGGUAAGCAGGUGAUCCACCCAAACCAAAUUGCAGUGGUCCAGGAGCAGUUUUCUCCAACGAGUGAAAAGAUUAAGUGGGCCAAAGAACUGAUUUCGGCUUUUAAAGAACAUCAACAAUUAGGAAAGGGAGCCUUUACUUUCCAUGGGAGUAUGAUAGACAUGCCAUUACUGAAGCAGGCACAGAACAUUGUUACGCUUGCCACAGCCAUCAAGAAAAAAUGAUCUGCUAAAAGAAACUCUCCCCAGGCUAAAGGGUAUUGAAGCCGCCAAGGAUCAACUUGUGGUUGCCAGAGGACGCCAAGGAAGUUUGAAACACCAACAAUCAGAGAUUUUGUUUCUGUUCCUCAUUAAAUCAUGAGCUUUUGUGUCCAGACUCUGAACGACUGUUCUUUAAGAAAUUAACAGAAUGGGAAGUUUUAAACUCUGCACCAACCUUUUCAUGACCUACACAGCAGCAAUGCUGAUACACUUAGACAAACACCACGGGGAAGGCUGUUCUGUUUAUUUAAAUUUGUAAAUAGAAAACAGUUGUUUUUUAGUUUCAUUUUUCCCCAGACCACCCCCUCCUCCUCCCCCAUGUCCCUUUUGCAUAUGUCCUAUAUGGCCCCUAUGACAUCUCCCAACCAGGGGCUGAUCUUUCUUCCCUAGCUCUCUCUGUUGAAUGGCUACUUUAAUAAUUUUCACCUCAAAGAGGUUUCUGAUGGAAACAGAGGAUGUGAAUAAAAGUUGCAAAAUGAA